AUGCGUACCUCACUCACUUCCCUUAUCACUCUAUUUCUAAUUACACUUGCUGAAGCAUCCGUUACUUGCGUCAAGGUUGGGGUGGCAGCCAAAGCCACAUGGACCAAUUCAGCUGGGCAGACUUGUACGUGGACUGGAACAGUUGGAAGCAACUUUGGAACCAACACAGUCAACGCUGGAGAGUACAGCUGCAAUGGAAGAUGUGGAGCAGGUUGCACCGGAAGUGCCCUUGGCAAUUACUACACACAAGACUGCUGGAACCAUGAUAUAUGCUCUUACUUCAAUAAUGCCUCAGGUGGUGCAAGUGACGCUAAUUGUGGUUCGGCAUAUACUGCGGCCGAAGAUGACUAUCUUCUUGGCGGAGUUGAUGGAUGUAGUCAAACAAACCCCAGCAACUCUGCUGUUGUACCUACUACGAAACCUGUCUGUGCUUGAUGAGCACAUCAUGUAAACUGUACAAGAUGAACUUGGAAAGGGGUGAUGGUUCGCUACGAAAAAG